AUUAUAAGUUCCGUCUCGAAUACAGCAAGUCUGUGCAGAAGGCAGACAGAAAAAUAUUUCAGUAUAUAGUAAUCAAACAAAGACUUAGAAACAAUGAAAUUUGGAUGGCUAUGUGGACUUUGGAUAAUGCUGAAUCUCUCUGAUUACUGCUAUACUUACAAUCAGCGCUUCUUACCUGAUAUAUAUGAUAAACAGUUUAUACAGGACUGUGUGGACAAUCACAACGAUUUUCGAUCCAAAGUGAACCCCUCAGCCAGCAACAUGCAUCGCAUGACCUGGGAUCCCGCAUUGGCAAAGACAGCCAAAGCAUGGGCAAAGAAAUGCCACUUCGAUCAUAAUAUUUAUCUCAAAAUUCCUAAAAAGGUUCACCCCACCUUUACUCCUGUUGGAGAAAAUAUCUGGAUUGGCUCCGUCCCUUUGUUCUCUGUAAAAGGUGCCAUUACAAGUUGGUAUGAUGAAGUCAAUCACUACACAUUUCAGAACCGUGCCUGUUCUGCAGUUUGUGGCCAUUAUACUCAGGUUGUUUGGGCAACAAGUUACAAAGUUGGCUGUGCAGUUAUUUACUGCUCGAAAAUUACAGGCUCUCGAAGUGUUUCCAGUGGAGCAUAUUUUCUCUGCAACUACGGGCCAGCUGGGAAUUAUCCAAUGCAUCCUUACAAAACAGGAAACCCAUGCAGUGAAUGUCGGGGUGAAAAGUGUGUAAAUAAUCUAUGUGAGAAUGCAGAGCGUGAUAAACUGAUAAGUUAUACUAAUUGGUUUCCAGAUUGGGAUACAUCAGAGGAUGAACCUAUGCAACCACCAGGGACUAAUCCCAGUCCCAUUCCUCCUGCUUCAUCUCCCAAAAAUCGAUCAGCAUGUGAUUCAUACUGUAUUGCUGUUUUAACUUUGAGAUUACUAUUUAUAUUAUUGACCUUUGGCACUGUGGCUCUGCUAUCCAGGCAGUAUCCUCAUCUGUUCAUAUAUGAAUAAUCUCUUUAACUCUGAUGUAGUAUCUGACAUGUUUUCAAGUUACACUCAGAUUCUAAGCUUUAAGCACUGUACAUUUUAUGUAACCUUCCAGUCUUCAGUGUUGCACAUAAAGUAUUGCCAGUAUGACAUAGCAAUAAAUUUCCAAAACAGAA